AUGCACGACCCCGUGCCCGUCGCCACUGAAACCUGCCCGGAAUCGCCCGCGUGCGCGCUGCCGUUUCACACACACACACACACUCUCUCUCUCUCUCUCUCUCUCUCUCUCUCUCUCUCUGAGAUCGCGACUCACCUCCAGCGGGAGAAAAAUUGUCAUCAAAAACCAAAUGAAAAUAGCUAUAACAGCUGCUCCCCGCGAAAAAGAAGACAUAUGAGAGAGAGAGAGAGAGAGAGAGAGUGUGUGUGUGUGUGUCCGCCGCAGCCAACGGCGCCCAACGGCCGACCCGACCGACAUGCUACCAACUGUGAUUCACAAGCCGUCAACAUAACAUCUGGUAACCAAGCCCUCAAGCAGGCAGAGGCUUGA